AUGUGGGGUAAAGUUAAUAUCAUAUUACUCGUGUUAUUGUUAUUUACGAUUGAUUUUUCCAUAGAAUUUGGAAAAUUUGAUAAAGUCUGCAAAGCUCCGCGAGGAGAUACGUGCGUACAAAUAAGAAAAUGUCCCCUAUUCGCGGAAUUGCUCAGCAAAACUGAUAUACCUCGACCACGAUAUGUCAUAAAAUUAAUAAGAGAACAUCAGUGCGGUUUCGUUGGUGAAGUACCAAAAGUAUGUUGCUUUCGAAGGAUGAAUACGUCAUCAAAACCAAAAACAUCGAUCAUCCCAAUCGGAAGAAGUUAUUUUCCGCCUCCUAACGUGACCAACCACACAAAUUUACAAUUACUUCCAAACAACAUCUGCGGUCCAAUAAGCCAAGGAUACAGAAUCACAUCUGGUAAUGAGACAUCACUUGAAGAAUUUCCUUGGAUGGCUCUUAUAGCUUAUGAAACUGGUGAAGGAAUUGAAUUUCGAUGUGGUGGAACUUUAAUUAAUAAAUAUUAUGUCCUGACAGCAGCACAUUGCAUUUAUAACAAUUUAACAAUAGUCGGUAUAAGACUUGGCGAGCAUAACACUGACACAAAAUUAGACUGCGAUGUAACAGGAAGAUGUUCCAAGCCGACACAAGAUAUUAGACCAAAAGAAAUAAUGGUUCAUCCAAAAUAUGUCGCUGAAACUUUCGAAAACGAUGUUGCUUUAAUUAGAUUGGCAACGGAAGCAAAUAUUUCUCAAAAGAACAUUCAACCAAUUUGUCUUCCUACCGGGGAUCUCUCUAUAAUGAAUCUCGAAUGGAAAUUUGCGACAGUUUGUGGCUGGGGAUUAACAGAAAACGGUUUAAAAAGCAAUUUCCUACAAAAAACAACGAUUCCUAUAAUACCGAUAGAAAAAUGUCGAAAAAUGAGUGAAAAAUACUAUUCAGUGAGUUACGAUCAAAUUUGUGCCGGCGGUUUUAAAGGGAGAGAUUCUUGCGGUGGUGAUAGUGGAGGACCUCUUCAAACGGUAGCUAAACACGCCGGAAGAUUGAGAUACAUUCAACAUGGAAUUGUUUCUUAUGGUCCAAAACAUUGCGGAACUGAUGGUCAACCUGGAGUUUAUACAAACGUUGCGUAUUAUAUGGAUUGGAUUUUAAGUAAUAUGAAAACAGAAGAACAAAGACAAGGAACAGACUUUAUAGACGAUAUGGCUACUGUAACAAGCCCAGAUGAAUCUGCAGAGGUAAUGGCAGAAUUGGCCCUUUAUCGAUCUAAAGAUAAAAUUAUAUUUUUAAUUAUCCCAGUGUUCAGUAUUAGAGCAAAAAGAUUUGUUUUUGAUGAUGUUGGAUGUAGAACUCCAGAUAAUGGAGUUGGAGAUUGCAGGCCACUUUCGCAAUGUGAAACUUUGAACAAUUUAGCAUCAACGAGGGCAGGUAGAAUACGCGUUGCUGAAUACAUCUGCUCUUAUAAAAGCGGCAUAAUUUCGGUUUGUUGUCCAAGUAAACCAGUGGAAGAAAACGGCGUUGAUAGUACAAAAAGAAAUACUGAUCUUUUACCAACUGAGUGUGGUGUUAGUUAUGCUGGGCAUAAAAUUACUAAUGGGGAACAAACAGAUUUGUUUGAAUUUCCUUGGCAAGUCGCUUUACGAUACAAUGAUAAAAAAUAUCCAUUUAGUUGUGCAGGAACUCUUAUCAACAAUAGAUACGUUCUAACUGCAGCUCAUUGUGUCGUCGGAACCGCAAUAAUUGGAGUAAGAUUAGGUGAAUACAACUUCGAAACUAAUCCGGACUGCAUAGUUGAUAGAAAUCGAACAACUUGCGCUCCGAAACACAUUGAUAUUUCCAUCACUAAAAAAGAUAUUAUCGCCCAUAAACAAUAUAGGCCUAUAAAUUUAAAGAAUGACAUCGCUUUAAUAAGAUUACCAAACCCCAUUGAAUUUAGCCAAAGUAUUUCUCCGGUGUGUUUACCAAUUAAGGAAUCACUUUUAAAGGAAUUAGGCAAUUUAACCGUAAUUGGCUGGGGACGUACCGAAACUUCCGAACCAAGUCCGAUUUUAUUAAAAGUGACCUUACCUUUAAUGCAUAUAAAUCAGUGUCGACAAGCAUUGCGUCUAAGAAUUGCUAUUAGUGAUAAUCACUUUUGCGCUGGUGGUAGAAAUGGUCAAGAUUCUUGCAAAGGUGAUAGUGGUGGUCCGAUUAUGUACACGACUGUUGAUGAUGCGCAAAUAAAAUGGGUUCAAGCUGCUAUUAACAACAAUGAUGGUUUUUGUCAAAUUUCUGAAGACAUUCUUGGUAAAUGUACAUCGUCACCGGAUUGUAAUGGAAAUGGUGCAGCCUAUAAUUCCUCACAAUGUCCACCUCAUCAAAUUUGUUGUCCCAUUGUAUCCACAAGAUCAACUUUUGAAGUAUUUGAUGUACCCAAUAUAGAAAAUAGCGUUCUUCCGAUUGAUUGCGGUGUCCCAUUAUCGUUUAUCGAAUAUCGAAUAACUCGAGGAAUCGAAGCUUACCUCUUUGAAUUUCCUUGGCAAGUUACUUUAAAAUAUCUAAGUGAUAAGCAAAGACCGUUUUUGUGUGGAGGAACUUUAAUCAGUAAUAGAUAUGUUUUAACAGCCGCUCAUUGUAUAAAAACUUCUUUACUUAUUAAUCGAAAAUCUUUUAGAGUUGCGUUGCGAUUUGGAGAAUAUAAUUUUGAUUCAAAUCCAGAUUGUGACCGAAACGGAGAAUUAGAAAUUUGCUCCCCGGAAUAUCUCGAAAUUCCCGUUGGAAUAAACGAUGCGAUAAUUCACGAAAGUUAUUCCGGAAAAACCAUGGAGAAUGACAUUGCGCUGAUAAGAUUACCACAUCCUAUCGAAUUUAACAAUCACAUCGCCCCGAUAUGUUUACCAGUUGGUUAUUAUGCCCAAGAUAAUUUUUCGGAAGAGUUAACUGUUAUCGGAUGGGGAAAUACUGAAUAUCAUAAUGUAAGUCAAAUUUUAUUAAAAGUUUUUGUACCACAUGUUAAAAAUUCUGUCUGUGAGGCGAUAUUUAAAAAUGUUGCUGAUAUAACACAAAAUCAACUAUGUGCGGGUGGUACAAAUGGAAAAGAUUCGUGUGCGGGCGAUAGCGGAGGACCAAUUAUGUUUUCAGUAGGUUCUAAAGAAACUAAAAGAUGGAUUCAAGCUGGGAUAGUUUCGUUUGGUCCGAAAAAUUGUGGAGAAGUAGGAAUACCUGGAGUUUACACCCGAUUAACAAGUUAUAUUGAUUGGAUUUUAAACAAUAUGGAGUUAUAAAAUACAUAAUUAAAAAACUUUAAUUUUACCCAUUUUUCAUUGUAAUUUGACUUCAACCUUUAUAUAUCUUCUAAGCUAUUAGGGUGAACCUUGCUGAAUUAUUUUGAUAGAAAAUUUGUAUUUCCCAUGAUAUGUGCUUUCAAUAUCUUAAAAGAGGUCUUCAUUAAAAAUUGCAGAUAUGAUUAUACACAAUGAUCUUUUAUGCACAAAAGUCUUUAAGCCAGUGGUGUCCACUAAUUUUUAAUCAAGAUCGACUUUUUAUAUAAAUGUCUUGCUAAGAUCGACCGAAGGGUUUAAAGUAACCUUCCUUUUUUUUGCUCUGAGGCCCAGAUAUAGAUAUUUCAGAUUCCUGAUUUUCUUGGCGAUCGACGUUAUGGCCACCACUGAUUUAGAUUAGCUUAU